UGGAACGAUGCGUGUCUCUGUAGCACGAGUGCGCUUCCACCCAGCACUCGCAAGAGUACAGCAUAUCACCCCCCGUGCCCGGUAUGCCACCACCGCCCCCACCCCUGCAGAAGACUACGACAUCGUCAUCGUCGGCGGUGGUCCUGCCGGUCUCGCACUAGCGGGCGCACUCGCUUCUUCCCCCGCUGUGUAUGCCACUUCCAGGAUCGCGCUCGUCGAAGCCGGGAGCUUGGACAAGGUGCGGGAGUGGACGAUGGGAGAAGGGGAGUUCAGCAAUCGCGUGAGCAGUAUUACGAACGUGUCGCGCGAGUUUCUGCAUGGAUUCGGCGCAUGGGAUUAUCUGGAUCAGACACGUACAAUGCCAGUGGAGGAGAUCCAAGCCUGGGACGGUCUCUCCUCUGCAAGGAUCACGUUCAACACGUCAGACAUCCCUUCCUCCUCUCCUGCCCGAUCACCCCACCUCCGCCCAAGUCAGAUUGCAACCAUGGUCGAGAACCUUAAUAUCCAGCGCGCCCUUCUCCGGACACUGGAGGACAAACCGGAUGUGAACCUGCUGGAUAACGUCAAGGUUCUCUCGAUCACACGGAACUCGGCGGACGAAACGGAUGAUUACCCGCACCUGACCCUCUCAGAUGGGCGCACACUCCGCGCUCGACUGCUCAUCGGCGCAGACGGUCCUUCCUCCCCUGUGCGUGCAUAUACCCAGAUCUCCUCUUAUGGCUGGGCAUACCCAACGCACGCAGUCGUUGGCACCCUCUUUCACCGCCCGCACCCUCUAGGCCUGCCCAACGCCACCGCCUUCCAGCGAUUCCUCCCCACAGGUCCAAUCGCUUUCCUCCCUCUCUCACCAACCGCCGCCUCCCUCGUCUGGAGCACCCGGCCAGAGCUCGCCGCCGCUAUGAAACAACUCGACUCCGCCGCCCUAGCAAGAUACGUAAACGCUGCCUUCCGCCUCCCCUGGCUCUCGCUAAACUACCUCAACACCGUCCUGCUCGAAUCGUACGCCUCCGGUACGCCUCUCACCGCUUCCCAGGCAGAAGAGGAAAUCUCGUUCCGCCAGCAAGCGCACUCGAUCGACGCCUCCUCCGCCCUCUCCUCACUCCAGACAACCAUCGGCGUCCCAGCAGAAGGAUCAGACUCCUUCCCUCCGCUCAUCCAUUCCCUCCAAAGGGGGACAAUCGCCUCCUUCCCCCUCCGGCUAACGCACGCCGAUUCCUACCUCGGCUCUUCCUCCCAAGGCAGAGGCCGCACAGCCCUAGUAGGGGAUGCGGCGCACACGUGCCACCCGCUGGCUGGGCAAGGGCUCAACAUGGGGCUCGCAGACGUGUGCGAGCUCGUACGCUGCCUAGACGCUGGAGCGCAGCACGGUUCCGACCUUGGGACACAGGUCGUCCUCCAGCCUUAUGCGCGCAAUAGGUACGCAGCGAAUCACAGCAUGCUGAGCGUUACGGACAAACUGCACAAGCUGUAUGCGCUCCAGAGCUGGCCGGCGGUCUGGGCGCGCAGUACAGGCCUUGAAGUCGUCAACGAGCUCCUCGCUCUUAAGGGUGCGAUCAUGCUCGGUGGUGGGGCAGCGAGGGAGGAGCCAAACGCGGGGAAAGCGGCUAUGCGGUUCGCUGCUGAUGCUGUUGAGGUCGGAGCGAGCACGCUGUAUGGUGCUAAGGCGUUACUUAGCGGUUUAGGGUCAAUCGCGGGCACGGUAGUGGGUAAAGCGGUAGGAAGUCUGAUUACGAACGCUGGGAAACAGUAGCCUUCUACGGGGCAGAACGGCAAAAGUAUAUAUGCGAAGAGGAAUAAAAGCACUAUUCUACGAUAGUGGGCUGCGGAAAGUAGAGAAGGACGGAGAGAGAUACUGGGUAUGGUAGAACACAUGUACACUGUCCGGGUCGCAAACCAGGGGUAUAGAACUACAUAUACAGGAGCGCGCUGCGCUCACCCGAUAAGAAACGAAAUUGCAGGAAGGGCAUCGCGUGUCAUGAUAUACAGAAGCAGAAGGAGACCGAAGCAGACGAAGCAAGCGCUUGAACAUUUCAAGCUUUAGCGGGCGCCGGGGUGGCAGAAGCGAGUUCUGGGGUUUGCUCGGAUUUAGCCUCGCCGACAACUUCCUUCUUCGUCCCGAAUAUGACGGAUGGCUGGCGAGCGCCUAGAGUGUUGCUGACUGAGUGUGCCAUCCAGGACCAGGCGAGUGCGCUGAGCUGGAUCCAGGCGAGGACGAGGAUGAGCCUCCAGUCUGCCGGCUCGUCGAGGUAGUGCCCGAGCCAUUUCGGGCGUUUGGAAACAGGGAUCGUCCAACAUCUUACUUGGUGCGCGAGCGCCUCUUUGUCCGUAGGGCGGUAAGCCGCGUAGCUCGGCGCGAAGCAGGCAGUAAACAUCGCCUUAUCGCUCGCUGAGAACUCGUGGCUCUGUUCGGCCCCGAGCGCGUAUGCUUGCUCAGAGUCGGUAGUGGAGAGGAGGAGGGUGAAGAACCUCGACGAGCGGUAGUGGACGACGAGGGUGCGGUGGGGGGGUGCCUUUGGGUGCGAGGCUUCGAAGGUUGGGAGAGGGGAAGGAGAGGAGGUGCAGAUGAGCCGGACAGUCAUCUCCUCCAGCUCGACCCGUUGGCGGAGGAAUGCUUCGGUCCGCAGACGCGCAUAUAGGUCGGCUGGCGACUCGAAUGCCAACCCUAGGACGCUGCGUAAUGAAAACGAC